AUGUCCUCCCUCUCCAGACUUGCACGUAACUGGGAUCGCGGGGUCGAGCUAUUCCUGCUCGUUCUACGGGCGGGAGCCGAGCCAUCCUGGGAACCAUGCGAUAACAUCGACGUGCAGCAGCUCCAGGAGAAGAGCUCCAAUAUAGAACUAGCAAGAGAUGCGGGUCAAGCCAUACGGAUUUCUCCCAUUCCAUCGCAUCAGAGAAACGUCAGCCUUCCCGGACAAGUGCGAAAGUGA